AUGGCCAGUUCCCAUUCCCAGGCUAGACCAAUUCAAGAAGCUCCAUUCAUGCCCACCUUCAGGUCUAAAGAAGAGUUUGAUCGCUACAUUAGGGACCUAGUUCAAGGCGCCGCAUCUCAGCCCUUCUCAAUAGAAUUCAUGUGCCAUUGCCUGAAUACAGAUAGGUUGAUCAGCUCCUUGCUACUGACUAGAGGAAUGGAAAUCAAGGCACCCCCUUUCUUUCGCUUUCUUUCCUUCUAUGGUUCGUGGCGAGUGAAUGGCAAGUCUAUCACCAUCCAAGUCGGAACUCAAGGCCCACAUCAGCAAGCAGGAAGGAAGAUCUUAAAGCUGGCUUCCUCUCUUUCUCAUUCAAAGAAAGAGAAAGAUGAAAGUCAAGGCCUCAACAGAGACUGA